CGUAAAUGGACUCGCUGAGCUAUAUAUUUCUUUCAUGCUUCAACUUCUGCGUUCUUCCAUACACAAAUAUUAGUUAUUGCUAUGUGACCAGCACCUCCAAUACCUCUACCAAAGUGCAAUAUUUAGGAGCAUACGUGCGAUGCAUACUUCCCAGUAACCGAAACUAAGACCUCGAUCUUUCCCCGCAGUUACUUUGCACUUACCUUCCCCGGUCAGCAUGCCAUCUGCCUGAUGCACAGAGACAGCCAGGGUAAGAUGCACGAUAUUUCAUUGAUGUUUGGAAAAGCCGGAAUAGAUCUCUGUAUGCCGGUUUAUAACCAUCGGGUAACACUGAGACAUCCUCGUAGCACAUUUGGGGAUCUUCAAUACUCGGCCUGUCGUCUCUCUUUUGUUGCCACUAAGUCUGUCUUUCAGAUUUUCGAGACGACUUUUGAUGGAAGUAUACCACAGCUUUACAAUACACUGGUCUAUUAUAACCCGCCGCCACAAACCACCAGCUCCAGAGAGGGUAUUACCGUUGCUGCAGUCUGCAUCAUGCAAUAAUAGGAGAUUCAGACACUAGGCCAUGGCGUAUGCUAGUAGAUAAGCAGUGACAGGGUGAUUCGACUAGGGUAUGCGAGCUUCUACUGGCACAAAACUUUGUCCUUGUGAAACUCCCGAGAUCAUCGCCCAUGCCUCGUGUAUGUCCCGUUGGUGUCCUAAAUUGUCAUCGGAUUAGCUCUCCAUCUAAAGCGCACCCAAAAUGACCCAUGUAGCGCCUUGAACCAGUGGUAGCAUGUACAGAGCGCGUUAAAAAAUUUCUGCAGCAUGCAUGGCCGCGACAGCGCCAACGGCGCCCAACGUACUAACGGCUUCGUAUGUGCGCGAGGUGUUUCAAAAGGAUGCCGAAAUGCGUUACUGGCCUUGAGCGGUGGUAGGUCAAGU